ACUAGUACUGUAGUUUACUGUUGAUGUAUAACACAUAUGUAAUGUUCUCGAAGAUUUGGCAUAGAUUAAUCACGUGAGUGCUUGCCAGGUAACUCAGAAAAGGUGUAGUUUUAUUCCAAGAUCGUUUACAAAAUGCGCAAUACGUCAGUGAUUUGUUCUUAAUAUGGCACGAGGAACUACAAAAGCGAUUACGUAGAACACAGGAAUUAUAAGAAAUGUAUAAGAAAUGUCUACUAUAACUUGAAGAAGUUGUCAAAUCUUGGAAUUUCAAAGGAAUUUAUGGAUUAAUCUUGACUUCCGCGGUAUCUGUGUGAGUGUAGGAAUACUAUUCGUAAAGCUAGGUGUAUAUUUCAUUUAUUUAUAUUGUAAGUUAGAUUAGAAUAACAAUGAGUGAAGAAGAACAGCAGAAACCUAAUGUGUGUGAGCAUUUUGAGCCUCAAGCAUGGAGGAAAACAGUUUGUAAAAAUUGUUUCCAGCCGCCUGAUUUACACCCUGCCGGAAGUGGCCUAAACGGUGUCGUAGACAGUUCCGGUUCCGGUAAAGGAGAUCAUAGCAGGAGUUCUUCGGUUGAAAAAGCCGAAAAAUCUGCGGCUUCAUCAUUGAAAAAUAAGUUUGAACAACUAGAACUGGACAAGUUUAAGCCGAAAGAGCCUGCGCAUACAUUGCCUAGAACUAAAAAAGCAGGCGGUUUAUCGUUGAUAACUGAAAAGUAUGAUGAACUGGAUAGGCAAGCUGGGAAAUUAGAUAGUCCGACUAAAGGCAUUCCACCCCCUACCCCACCGAAAACUUACAAAAAAUCAAAAGACGGGACUGGUCUUUCGAAAUCCAAAUUUGGAUCUUUGGAAAAUGUGUCUUCCGAAGAUGAUACUAGUGACAAUAAACUUGGUCUUAAAUUCAAAUUUGGUUCUAUGGAGAACAUACCUCUCGCUCACGACAAAAAGAAAGAACCGGUGCCAUUACCUGCACAGAAAUCUAAAUUUGGGGGUUCUGCUGAAAACAUAACAAUCUCUUUUAAAACUAAAGGUGCUGAAAGUGACUCGAAAGACAAGAAAAAGAAUCUCGCUAAUAAACUUGAUGCGUUUCAAAAUGAAAUAAAAUCAGGAUCUAUGUCAAAAUCAGGCCAAACGGUUAUACAUCAACAAAAAGACGGAAAUGUAAAUAUAAUCAGUCUUCCGGGCAAGAGCAAACCAAGUGAUGAAAAAGAUAAUAAGAAAAUCGACCAUAAGAAAGAUACUGUAGGAAAAUUAAAUGACAAAAACCAAGCUUUAUCUAACAAGUUACUAGCAUCAGAUAAAGAAAAACAGUCUGAUUUUAAACAAACAAAGAAUUUCCUUACCUCAUCUAAAGUAAAUGCAGAAAAAUCUUCAGACACCAAGCCCGAGGGUGAAGCAAAUGGAGUAAAAACUGACCUCAAGUCAGGUUUAAAGUCAGUACAAAAAGAUAAGGAAGACAAUAAACCAGUUAGUGAUAAACUCAAUAAAAGGGACGAGAAACCUGAUUCAAAACAUAAUCAAGAUAACAAAUUUAAAAGUUUAAUUGACAAGAAUAAAGACGACUUGAAGAAAUUUGACCAAAAGAAACAAGAAACUCCAAAGCCAGAUGACAGUAAGAAACCGAAGUUGAACUUUAAAGACCAGUUGAAAUCCCCUGAAACUGACAGUGGUUCUUUAUCGAAAUUUAAAGACAAACUGAAAUCACCAACGACAGAACCUGAUAAGAAACAAGCCCCUUCAUGGAAAGAUAAGUUAAAAUCUUCAUCUUCAGAUAAUGAAAAGAAAACAGAUUUAAAGAGUCAACUGAAAUCACCGACCCCCGACAAGGAAAAGGAAUCUGACUUUAAACUAAAAUUGCAGUUAAAACCCAACACAAAAGAGGAUUAUAAAACCACCGAUAAACUGAGAGAUCAGCUAAAGUCACCGAUCUCCGAUAAGGACAAAGUCCCAGAAUUUAAACUGAGAUCUCAAUUAAAAUCACCAACGCCUGAUAAGGAGAAAGAACCAGGAUUUAAAUUAAGACCACAGCUAAAGUCCCCGACACCGGAAAAAGAUAAAGAACCAGACUUUAAAUUAAAAGCUCAUAUGAAAUCCCCAACUGCUGAAAAAGUAACAGACAUGAAAUUAAAACCAUUCGCAACAUCGACAAAACCUGAAGAAAGUAACAAAACGCUAAAAGACCAACUCAAGUCUCCUACACCAGAAAAUGAUAAAAAGCCAGAUUUUAAGUUGAAGGAUAAACGAAAAUCCCCAUCUCCGGAAAAAACGCUUUCUAAAGAUCUCAAAUCUAAGUCUGGUUCACUUGUAGGAAAGUCAGAGGAAAAUGAUAUCUCAAAAACGAAAAACAAAACACUCGACUUUAGAAGUGGCCUUAAAAAGUCGAAUGAUACUUCUAGCAAUGAAAAAGAUAAAGAACCUCCUAAAUUAGAUGCAAAGAAUAAAUUUGAAUUACCUUCAUUAAAGUCAAACAAGCUAAACUCCACAAGUGCCAAAAGCCAAGAUUCAAAGCCUAAACCUGGGACUGUGGAUAUUAAAGGCUCCGAAAAGAUCUCUAAUAAGUUUGAACCAAAGUUUAAACUGAAUAAAACAGAUUCAAAAACUGCAAGUUCUGACGAGAAAGACAAAAUAGGAACGAAAAAGUUCGAACUUCCGAAGCUUAAAUCUUCAAAAUCGGAUCAAUCCGAUGAACAGAAAUCUGAAUUGAAAUCAAAAUUUCAACCAAAAGCAAAAUUAAAUGAAAUAAAAGCAGAACCCAAAACCAAAUUUGAAAUUCCAAGUCUGAAAAAGGUAAAAUCACCUGAGCCGGAGAAAACUUCAGUUUUAAAAGAUAAUCAUUCUGUUAAAGAUAGUGAUAAAAAUGCUUCAGUCCCUAAAAAAGAGGACACAGAAAAAAUUGUUGAUAAAAAGGUCUCCUCAAAAGACACAGAAGACGACUUUCAGAAAAAUAAAGAGAAGGAGGAAAGUCUAAAAUUGGAGUCUAAAGAGGAAAAUGAAUCAAAGAAAAAUACUCCAAAUGCCUCGGAUAUCAAUAAAACAGAUUUCGACAACGUUUCGUCUGAUACUGAGGCUGUUUCGGGUGACGCAUGCGCAGAAGAACGCACACGUGAUAAGUCACCUUUACACGUGGAUACACAGGUAUUCACAAGUAGUCGGAGUAAAACCGCGGGAGUCAAUAGUCUUAACGAAAAUAAGUUUGACAGUACAGAUAAUGCGCCAGGAAUUUCGAGUAUAGAUACUAAGCGAAGUGAAAGCCCUCCAAGAGAUUCAUCAGAUAAACAAAAACUUCAAAAUGGCGACAUUGCACUGGAACACCAUGACCUUCCUCAUAAGAAAGAAAACAUGGAUGCUGAGUACAAGUCAAUUAAAGACAGAUAUACUACCAGUGAAAUCGAAAAGUUGAAAACGGAAUUGUUAAUUAUGAACGAGAGAUGCCAAAAUUUAGAAAAGGAAAAUGAGAUUCUCAGGGAUGAGUUACAUGAAAAGAGGACUUCAGAAAGUUCUCUUAAAAAGCAUAGAGAAGAUGUAGAACAUACAAUAAAAGGUCUCCGAGAUCAUUUAGAUUCGAUGGAAGGAAAAUGCACACGUCUAGAAACCGAAAACAUUAAUUUGAUGAAUGACUUAAAAGCAAAACAUGAAAAUAAUCAGCAAAAACCAAGUACAAAGGAAACAGAAGAUAUUGACGAACGUUUAACAUCAAGAGAAAAAAUCAUGGAAGAUAUGAUGGAAGAGAACGAACAAUUAAAACAAGAAAUUAAUGAACUUAAAGUAGAAAUGGAAGAAAUGUAUGACAGUUUUAGAGACCAGGAGGCUGAGGAAUUUAGAGAGAUUCAAAAAGAACUAGAGUAUACUGCUAAAAAUUGCCGAAUUCUGCAGUUUAAGCUGCGAAAAAUGGAACGCAAGAACGAACAGCUCGAACAGGACAAAAACACGUUUGAGGAAAAACUCAGGAAGCUCCAGAAUUCAUUCCAGGAUAGAAAUGCCGUGUCUCACAUACAUUCUCUCGAGGACGAACUUCGAAUGGCUAAGGAGGUGUCCGUCCGUCUGCAUGACGAACUUGAUCUGAUGGAGGACCGUAGGAGUAAGGUAGAGGAGGAGAACCGCCACAUUACCGAGCUCCUGGAGCAGGCCGACCGGAAACAGUUCAGGCUCGAACUUGAGGUAGACAAGCUGAGAGAUAAGGUUCUCGAGCUGCGGCAGGAACUUCGAACUCGCGAGGGAGGCCCUGAGGGGGAGGAGCCAAGAAAGGUUGACAUGAAGAUGAUUGGAAAGCAGUCAAGUUUGGAGCACGAAAUUGCCGAGCUGAAACGAGAGCUGUAUGACGGAAAAGAGCGGGAAAUGGACCUUAAAGACCAGAUACAGUUUGUAGAUGCAGAUGGAAAGAAACUACGUAAAAAGGUUAUUGACCUCGAGCAAGAAAAUGACAAUUUGAGUAAACAGUUGAAGAAAAUGUCGAGAGAACGGGCUUCCUCAAACAAAAAUGAUUCAAACGAAUCCAAAACGGAAGCGGAAGUAGAGACGAAGAUUCAGCUCGAACUGUCCGAGAAGGAGUUGUCAGUCCUGAAAAGGAAUAUGGCGUCACUGGACGAAGAAAACGAACUGUUACACCGAGAAAUGUUUUUGCUUGAAAAAAGGUUAAAAGAACAAGAUCGACAACUCAGAAUAAUUCCUGAACCGUCUUCUCCUAGGGUGUAUUAUGAAGAUAAAAUUAAAGAAUUUGAAAAAGAAGCAAACGACUUUAGGUCCAAACUUUUAGAUAAGGAAAAGGAAAUUGAGAACUUGUAUGCACAAAUUCAGACAAUGCAAGUAAGGUCAACCUGUGGUAAGAAUUUGACCAAAAGCAAAUCGCUUGAUCUUGAUACAGAAUCCGAUUACAGUGUAGUAGUAGAUCUAAAAAGGCAACUUGAAAUAAGUCACCAAGAAAAUGAAGCUUUACGACAAAGAAUUUUAAAUUUGAAAGAUGACAAGAGUGCUCUUGUUGACGAAAUAAGAGCUUUAGAAGAGAGACGUCUUUCGGGCCGCCAAGGGCUGUCAACACUGGCGGUUGCUUACAUAGAAAAUGAGGACGAAACAAAGGCCAAAACAAAACUGCAACUAAUGGAAGUAUCUCAGCAGCUUCUGACAGAAAGAAUCCAGUCUCUUGCUAAACAGAUGCUGUCAAUAACGGAAGCACAUUUACCGAAAAUGCACUUGGAACAAAUUCUCAAAAUUGCAAAAAUAUCGAGUGCAGACGAACUAAUUGAAUCGAGUAGCGAUACGGCGAAAGAUAACGCUCCAUUUGCCAGAGUUGAGAAACCAAGUGAAACUAAUUCAAGUUCAGGUAAUGUUUGUGAGUUAAAUACUUUCACUUGUACAGAAAAGCUUGGAAAUUCAGGUAGCAAUAGUUAUUCGCCGAGUGAUGAGAAAGUUUGUGAUGACGAGCGGCAGCAGACGAUAUUUGAAUCACGUGACCCUGACAGGCUUCUGUCUGUUAUAGAGGAAAUUUAUUCUGUGUUGAUAGAGCGUUUGUGUAACGUGCAGAUGGAUUCGAACAGGGAAGUAGUUCCGAGACCGGAAAAGGAAUUAAAUGGUCACAGUGAUUCGCCGGAAAUGGAAAUCUCGUCUGCGGAUUAUUCUGAAAGUGUUCAAUUGGAAAAUAAAGUGAGCGAAAGCGGUGAAGAAUCCGAAAUUAUUGCAGAAAAAGAAAUGCUGGAAUCAGCAACAAGUGCAGAAAGUGGAAAUAUGAAGCAGGACUCAAUCUGUGAAAAGGCUUUAGAUGUACCUCUUGAAGAUGACAACAAUAAAGAACAAUCUGAAAAAAAUCCGACAGAAAAUAAAGUUGCCGUGCCCGGCAUAGACGAGACAGCAAAUAAACGAUUUAUGGACAGAAUUGCAUUUCUUGAGGAAGAAAUAGAUGAUUUGCGACUCAUUAUCAAUACAAAGGAAGAAAAGAAUGUUCUUUUGGAUGAAGAAGUUCAGGAGUUAGGAAAUUAUAUCAAGAAAGUACAAGAUGACUCCCGUCGGCGAGAGAUGGAACUACUUUCUGAGAUGGACUUGAUACACGGCAAGAAUGAGAUCCUGAACAACCUCUUAGAAAUCGUCAAAGAUCGUGCAGAAGCGGCUGAAGACGAACUUGAACGAUUGAUUACGGAAAUCAACGAAAAUCAAGAUUCGUCAGUUUCGUCAGAGAAAAGUGUUGGUAGCUCUGCUCCUAGUCCGGUUUCUACCGGAAGUGACGAUGUUUUCGAUGGAUCUCCAGCCGAGAAGACGCAAAUUGCAGCAUUUUGGGAGGAACAAUUUAAGAAACGCAUUCGAUCACUAGAAACCCUCCUAGCUGAAGAGCGCAAAAAGUCUUCCUCAUUAGAAAAGAAACUGGAAUUUACCGGAAGUGACGUCAUCUCAUCCGCCAUGUCUGAUGACGCAAAGUUGCACAUGCGCGAAAAGGAACUGCUUCAGUCAGAGCUUCAAGAAAGUCAGAAACAUGCUGUCCUCGCAAACGACCAGAUCCGAAGCCUGACGGAGAAGCUCAAGAAAGUGGAGACGGAAAAAUGGAGAUCUCCAAAACUUUCCCGGAAGCCACAGGAUUCGUCUUCCUCCGAAGAUGGGUCUUCUGAUGGCAAACAGGGCUCAUAUUGCCGGACAUGCGCAGAGCUGCAGUCUGUGAAGGACCAACUAUGUGACGAACUUAUCAAAUUCAAAUCUAAAGCAGAAGAGCUGGAAGUCAAAAUUGAAGAGAUAAACGAGAUUUGGAUUUCCAAGAGCGCGGCAUCGGAGAGGGAGAAACAAUCCCUGGAACAGAAGUUAACACAGAGAACACAUGACUGUAAGCGACUUGAUGAACAAAUCAACAAAUUACGAGAAGAGGACCGCAUGAAAGACAUCUUCAUGAAGGAGAGAGAUAAUGGCUUGAAGGAAAAAUCAGCUCAGAUAGCAAGAAAAGAGGAGCUGAUUCAAGAACAAGAAGAGAUUAUACGGCAACGAGAGGAGGACUUGCAAUCAUUGUUUGAUCAAAUAUCUCAGAGAGAGAAGACAAUCAAAGAGCUAACAGAAUCUUUGCGUAUUCGUGAAGAACAGUUAAAGGAGAAAGAUAAUUUGUUACAGCAGCUGAGUUCUAAUAUUGAAGAAAAGAGUGAAGAGUUACACUACUUAGAGGAAGAGGUACACGAAGCAGUGCUACAAAGAAAGCAAAGUGAAACAAAAAUUGCUGAACUUCAAAAUAAAAUUGAAGAAACAUUAAAAGGCGAAAAAUCUGAACUCGAGACUGAGAAUGAAAGACUUCAGUCAGAUAUUGAAAAUCUUAUGGGUAAUAUAACCGAACUUCAUACUGAUAAAGUAACGUUACAGAAUGAGUUAGAUAAAGCUAAACAUGCACUUAGUGAAGCAAUGCUAAUGUGGGAAAGAGAUAGGUCAUCCUUAGGGACAGAGUUGAGUAUAGUUAGGGAGAAGAUGAGACUCAUGCAAGAAACGGCAGAGAAGAAAGAGUCGCAAGCAUUGCAACUUCUUAGAAAGGAAGUCCACGCAAUACUUGAGACUAGAGAAAAACUGGCGCAUGAACUCAGAUUAAAUAAGAUGGAACACGAGAAUACCGUGCGGAUAUUAAAAACAGAGAAAUAUAAGUUGACAGAUGAACUAACAUCAAAGAUAAGAAUGUUAACACAUGAAAUGAACAAUAAUGAUAAAAUGUCAGAUGAACUUACCAAGCUAAGAGGUCAGGAUGACAUCAACUAUCAACUUCAUCAUCACGAGAAGAUCCUACGUGCUGAAUACAUGGCCAUGAAAGUUCGAUAUGAGACCCAACUUGAUCGACUCCAGAAGGAGCACCUGCAAUUGCUCGAGGUUGUCGAGAGGCUCCAGAGGGCAAAGAAUUUGGACCAAGAAAUUAUUGUGGGUAUUCAGAAAGGGAUGGCAAAUAUUCGUGAAACCUACUCACACGAUUUGUCCCGAUGGAAAGAUGAGCGAUCAGUGCUCGAAAGCCAUAUUACACAGAUUGAAGAAGGGAAAGAAAUCGCUCAACACCUGCGUGCCCAGAUAGAUGCUCUGAAACGACAACUCUCAGAACAAGAAAUGGAAAGAUCCGACCUUGUCAACAAAAUGACUACAGAACGCAGAAACUGGGACAUUGAAAAAGCACAGCUAAUCAGUAAACAAAACCAGUUAGAGGAGCAGCUUGCUGUCUUUAUUCAAGCGCAGUCGAAGAGUAAAGAUGUCCAGUAUAAUAUGGAAGUAUCUUGGGAAAAGGAACGUAAAGAGCAGAAACGUCUUUUAAAUGAGGCACAUCACUUGGCUAUGGAUCUACAGGAGCAGCUAUCUCGACGCGAUGAAGAGAAUACAAGAGAAAAGAAAAAUCUCCUGGAUCAGUUAGAGAAACAGAGAAAAGAAUAUGGAGAACAAAAACUCUCUUCUGACAAAAUGGCUCUAGAGGUUAACACUAGUGAGACGAAAUUAAAACAUGUUGAGAAACAGAUUGAAGAACUGAAGGAAAAACAGAAAAAAGAGCAAGACUUUUGGAUGAAGGAAAAGGGAGAUCUGCUUCGUAGGUUGGCUGAAAUGAGAAAACUACAUUUGCGCGAUGUACAUCGAAUAGAUGAUGUGCUAGCAGCGCUAAAACGUCUGCGUGAACUUGCAGCCAUUGUUAUCGAAUCUGAUCAUUCGGCCAUGUUGCCGAGUAACGGAAAUGACGUAAGCGGUACUUCCGGAGAUGCAUCUGCAGCGUCGGCCUCAAUACAUGCUGGUGAAAAUGAAGGUGAAAUGGCAGACUUGAAACAGAAUAUAGAUCAGGUCAUCCUUAAAUACGUAAAAGAGUCACUGCGGCAGAUACAUUUCCUUGCGGAAGAACUCGCCAGACCCUCAACAGAUAUAACACGUGAGGAAAAACAAAAACUGAGGCGAAGUCUGUCCAGCUCGGAAAUAGAACUUUUGAAGGAUGAAUUUUUGCUUGGGCCUCAAGAACCUGGUUCCCGGAUCAUUAGCCAUCAUGAGACUAUACCGGAAGUGAAAUCACAGGAUAUCAGUCAGGAACUUCCGGUUAUUCAUCGGCAGAUAACUCAUGAUGGCACAAUUAAUUCUGAUCAUGGAAAGCCGGAUUAUAUUGAAAACAUUCUGAUGGAACAAUCUUCAUUUUUCAAUGAUGAUAAAGACUCUAGAAUAGAAGUUCACAGGGUGAAAACAACAAGGGAUGUUACUCGAGUUGAAACCAAAGUAACUUCCCUUCCUAAACCGCCACCUAGCUUUAUCAUUCCAAGAUCUAGAAGCACAAGCCCUGCACCAACUACUUUGUCAAAAACGAAACAGACUAAGCCAGUGUUGAAAAGUAUGUCAUUAGAGUCAUCCCACUCGCACAGACUAUCUGCGCCGGUAAACGGUGUCAGUUCCAGAAGUUCCUCCGCAGAUUCAUCUCCUGUUGGAACGUAUAGUUUCAUUCCGUCACAAAAUGGCUACGGGCUUUACGGUAACGGUCUUCAGACUGGUAGUUUAGACAGACUUUCUCCAAACACUGCAAGGAAAAAAUUCUUUGAAUCGCAACCGAGUACGUCUGCAAGUUUCAUGUCUUGGCCAGAGAGAAGGAAACGGGAAUUAAACCCAAACAGGAACAGUAGAAGUUUAACGGGAUCAACAGAGUUGUUUAUAUCAGAAAAUGGAGACGAAAUCAAUGGAAAUGGGAGAUUAAGAAAUUCAGUCUCAAUGGAUGAUGGCGCUAUUAACAUACAAAGUUCUGCUAAUUCUGUAGUGGAUUCAAAACGUUCUCGUAGUGCCGAGAACACGUCAAAACACUCAGGUUUAAGAGACAUGUUCAACGCUAUGAAAAAGCGUCUGAAACCGAAAAUAAAGCGCUCACAAAGUGCCCGGGAACAUGAUAAAGUUCAUAGACUACAGGCUGUGAAAGAAACUGAAAACGUUGAAAAAAGUGCCUGUGCACCGGACUCGAGUGAAAAGGAGGUAGCUGAGUCUAAAGAAGUAAGUGCAGGACAAGAGAUCAGUCACGUGACCCAGGAACAACUUACACCAAUAUUGAUACCAGACGAUAAUGAAACAGCACAGAAAAAGUAAAGAAGACGUUAGUGGAACAACGGAAAGAAAAGGUCGAUCUGAGGGAAAGGGCAAAAAGUCAAGAUCUCGUUCUCCUGGAGAGAAAGACGACACUCACGGGUCACAAUCUACACUGCAAAAGCUUAAAAAGCGUUUCCGGUCAAAAUCGGCUGACAGAGCACGUGAUCAUCACGAACCUCGCGUGACACCAAUACUUGUAGGUCAUACAACAAGUGAUCAGGCGGAAGAUCCCUCAUUGCAACAAUAUAGCGAAACAUGUGUCUGACAGACACGUAGACAUGUAAAAGGACAUAACAAUUAUGUUUGUGUUAAAACAUAUACUGGUAUAUUAAAUUUAUUUCAAUACAAUAUCAGGUUCCAUGGAGUAAACAAAAUUAUACAAGCACAGCUCAAGAUGAAGCGAAAACUGUAUUGAAAAGGCGAGAAUUAAAGAAUCUACUUAUUCACUUAAGAUUGUCAAAUUUACUACCUAAUGUGGCAUAUAAAAAUAGCUAGUAGUUUGAUAAAAAUGUUAAUUUAUGUCGACAAAAGCCUCGUUUAAUGACUCGACUCUGCUUGUCAUGACAGUGCCACCUAGUGAGAGCGCCUAGUAAAAUCUCGAAUUCUUCUUGAAGUCGGCAUCAGUUAGCUUACAAGCACAUUGAAGAAACGUAAAUAGUUUUAGACUCUUGACUGGAAAUGCAAAAUACAGCUUACAUCCAGAUUCCAUAUGGUAGUGCUUUUAGAUGCAAAUUUAGAGUAGAAAUCUAUCAAGCUGACAUUCAUUGCUCAUACAGUGGAAAUUCCUUAUAUCAUAUUACUGUAUGGGAGAGCAGUGUAGGCUUGUUAGUAAUUUUCAAUACAAUUUCGAUGACAUCAGAAUUAAGUUUUGGUAUUGCCUGUUUUAUGAGAUUUAUUCACAUGUGCCUUAAGCCAAGCGAAAUAAUAUGCUUUAAACAUGGUGUGAUACUUUCCUCGAUUAUCUCCCUCUAGUUUUCAUUUUAAGAGAUUGUGCGUACUGUGCCUUAACGCGCCAUAAAAAUGUGCUUUACAAAUGUUGUGAUAUUUUCAUACAUUAUCUCCACUCCACUCUUUGCUCCUAACAGAUACUGAAUCUUUAACCAAUACAGUAAAACCUGUGGCAAAGACCACCUUCGAACCAAGGCCACUACCUUCAGAUAAAGGGCACACGUUUUCUUCUUGGUUAACUAUGAAUACUAGUAGUGUAAAUUAACCUGUACUGAAAGACCACCAAUUGACAAGGACCACUAACAUGCUACAAUGGUGGUUUUUACAGACAGGUUGGAGUGUAUCUUAAUUGAUAUUGAAACCAUAGUUAUGUACAUAAUUUCGAGAAUGUCUGUAAUCCCUAUCUUGCUGGGCUGGACUGAUUUUGCCUUUGCGGCCAUCGUAGAUCAUGAUCAGCCUGCACAUCCGUGCAGUCUGAUCAUGAUCUGCACUCUUCGCCAUUCAGUCAGUACCUUUUUAACAGUUAAUGGUACUGUCCAAAUUGAAAGAUGGACAAGUUCAUUAUAGAAAUUUAGCAGGGCAAGGGUUAAAUACAUGUAGGUACAUUUUGCUUCCUUGUUCGAAAGUUAUUGUUUAAAUACCUUUCAAAAAAUCUCUUUAAAUUGUUUAUAACUUAUACCCCGGAAUAAUUGGCAUUAUUCUAUAUCUAUUUAAUCUAUCCAAUCAUGAACGUUCAUUUGAAACACGUGACCGUACAAUAUAAUAGGGUUAUUAUAACAGUAGCUUGAUCUGGGAUGCAGUAUUCGGCUCGAGUGGAUUUUGCCAGAUCGGAUCUCACGAGGCGCGCAAGCGCCGAGUGUGAUCCGACUUUGCAAAAUCCACGAGAGCCGAAUACAAAGUCCCAGAUCCAGCUACUGUUAUAAUGACCCUUUUAUUAUAUACCUUUACCAUUUUGAUUCUUGUUUUGUUCUUGAACGAAAUCUUCAAUGCUUAUCGAUAUUAAAUGGAACUUAGUGAAGUUUUUAUGUGCGCUAUUUAUAGAACUGAAUUAAUAAAAAUAGUCCGGCAGUAUACAAUACGGAAGGUACAAUACGGAAUUUAAAAGGUACAAUACGGAAUUUUUGUCUGUCUGUUCAUAUUUAAUUGUGAAAUACAAGCCGAUUUUUUACAGAAUUUAUAUAGGUAUAUAAUAAAUUACCUUAUUGGACGCACGUGCCUACAAAAAGCCUGCAUUUUUCCCGUAUUUGGACAGUUAAAAAAGUCCCAUGGUAAACAUUCGAUAAAGCCCGAAACGCAUGAAAAUGUUCCGAAUGUAAAUCGGGUGAAGUAGGCGCUCUAUGUACAGAGUUAGAUUAUGCGUCUUGAAAUGAGGAAGGCAGAAAUACACUAUUCAGCGAAUCAUUUUUAAUUCAAAGUUAGAUAAAAUAGAUAUAGAAUAAAAAGGUUAUUUAACAUUGAACUGAACAAUACGAUAUAUAUUUGGACUCGUACCGAGCUGGGAAAACCAUAUUGGACUCGCCUAGCGGCUCGUCCAAUAUGGUUUUCUCAGCUGGGAACUCGUCCAAAUAUUUAUAGGUUAUUAGCUUUGUAUCGGGAAAUAUGCACGAGUUCUUCAGCGGAAAUAUUGUGCGACUUUAGGAGCGCAAUAUUCUUCCGCUGAAGAACGAGUGCAUAUUUCCCGAUGCAAAGAUAAUAACCUGUUUAUUACAUACGCAUCUACACGUAUAAAUAUUGUGUAAAUAUCAUAGAUAUGUUCAACAGCCUGAAUAGGAUUGACAAUACUGAACUAAAUAGAAAAAAAUAGUGCAACAACACACACUGAAUUACGUCACGCACCCGAUAUGAAAUUCAGGCGUCAGUGUAUGGAAAAAUAUUGACGUUUCCGGUACCAGUGUAACUUAACGGGGAAUAGAAACGAGUAUGUGAUAAAUCUCCGUAUUGUACAAAACAAUGUUAAAUAACCUAAUAUUAUCUUAUACGAUAAAAAGAUAAUUUAAGGGAAGAAAAUAUUCGUUUUGUGCAAUAAUAUCUGUGCAAUGUUUCUGGCGUUUUCUUUUUAAGUUAGUAAUGGAUACUUGUAAAUUUACAUUUGAUAUUUGUAUUGUACUGCUAUCCCGUAUGGCAUGAUUGUUUGAAAUAAACUAUAUACGUAU